CCUUCGGAUCGACUUCCAGGCCAAACACAUAUGAUGUAAAACUGGGCUGGGCUGCUUGCCUUGGUGAUGAGCCAAAUUGGAUGGGUGUGGAACCUGUGUGUCUGGGAGGAGCUGGUCUCUGGCUAGUCCAAUAGAUGAAGAAGGCGGACCUCGGUGUCCUUAUUCACUGCACAUGAGCCCUAUAAAAGGUGGCAUUGCUAGAGCUCCAUCAUCAGUGUACUCAUUUGACAACACAACUUACCAUGGCUCUCAGCGCUGAUGACAAAAAACACAUCCAGGCCAUCUGGCCAUCUGUAGCUGGUCAUGCUGAUAGCUAUGGCGGAGAAGCUCUGUUCAGGAUGUUCUGUUCUAAUCCCCAGACCAAAGUUUAUUUCCCUGCUUUUGACUUCCACGAGAAGUCUCCUCAGAUUCAAAAACAUGGGAAGAAGGUUGUGGAUGCUCUGACAGAGGCUGUCAGUCACUUGGACAACAUUGAGGGAGCCCUGGAUAAACUGAGCGACCUCCAUGCCUAUGAUUUGAGAGUGGACCCUGGAAACUUCUCACUCCUGGCCCAUCACAUCCUCGUGGUGAUUGCUAGACAUUUCCCUAAAAAUUUUGACUGUGUCACACACCAGGCCCUGGACAAGUUCUUGGCAAGGAUUGAAAGUGCUCUGACAUGCAAAUACCGUUAGGGAGAUCAGUAAUGGCAGAUGAUCCAGCACAUCAUAAAUCCACCGAUAUGAUGAAAGUUAAUAAACUUUGGAUAUUUCAAAUAAAACUGCUUAAACUUCA